AUGUCGAGCAACACAUCUUCAGCCGCGCAAAAGGCGCCACCAGCAGCUGCAGCUGCGGAAGACGACGUCGACGAUCUGGAUGAUCUGGAUGAUGUGCUGGACGAGUUCAACCAGCCUUCCGGCUCUGCAUCGACUCAGAAGCCAAGUUCAUCUCUGGGGACUGCGUCCGAUGCAACGGCUACUGCAGCAACGUCGACGACGACAGCAGCAAAGGACACGUCAUCCACAACGGCUGGAACAGCAGCAACAGCGCCAGGAGGAGUUGCAGGGGCCGAAGACGAUGCUGGGCUCGACGAUAUGCUCUCGGAAGACUUCGCAAAGGAGCUGGCACAAGGCAUGCAAGCACUGAUGAAGGAGCUCGGCGGUGAGGCCAACACCAACGCUGAAGGAUUGCUCAGUGGCGCUGGAGCGAAUGCAGGUGCAGGUGCAGCUGGAGGUCAAGAGUUCAACGAGCAGGAGCUGAUGAAACAGUUUGAAGCUAUGAUGGCUGGGUUUGGCGGCGCUGGUGCGGCAGCUGGAGCUGCCAGUUCGGACGCCGGGCCGUCUGCACGAUCGGCUCCCGCCGCAUCGGCCAGCACCGCCCCCACAAAACCAGGCAACUUCAACGAUGCGAUCGCAGCCACCAUGGCCAAGCUCAAAGAGUCGGACGCAUCCGCCACCGCCGACUCCGCCUCGUCCGACAACCCCUUCGCCGGUCUCUCGGGUGCCGAGGGCGAAGAGAUGGCUAAACUGCUCGCCGCUCUCGGCGGCUCGGGCGAUCUGUCUGGUCUGGAAGGAGCGAUGGACAAUCCGGAGCUAACAAAAAUGCUCGAAGGCAUGAUGGACGAACUCAUGUCCCGCGACAUCCUCUACGAACCGCUCAAGGAGCUGCGAGACAAAUACCCCCCUUACCUCGCCGGUUCCGAAUCGGCGGGCAUCUCGGCAGAGGACAGAAAGAGGUACGAAGAGCAGAGCAGGUACAUCACCGAGAUCGUCAAGAUCUUUGACGAACCAGGGUACGAUGCCAAGGACAAGGUCAAGGCGGCUAAGGUGCAGGAGCUGAUGAACCAGAUGCAGGAUUGUGGUAGUCCGCCGAAGGAGAUUGUCGGGGACAUGCCUGCCGAGUUGGAGAACAUGCCUGGAUUCGGUGGUGCUGGUGGUGCGGCUCCGACUCAGCAAGCAGCGCAGCCGUGCAGAGUUGUGCAGCUUCCUUCCCGUUUCGAGCUGGAGUCGAAGUUAGAAUCAACUCUGUCUCCCUCCACCGCGAGCACCGUCACCACCACCAACGUCAACGACAACAACGGUAUCGUCACUACUUUCCCGCCCAACGGCACGAACGACGUCCACACGGCACGAUACAACGACGGUCUUUCCUCGCUCCCACUGACGCUUCAUCCAGUACCGACAAGACUGGACGUUCGCCUACACAGUCCUUCCCGGAUACAAUUGCUAGGAUCAGACAGUGUUCUCCGAUCAAGAGCAAACAAACCCAUCCACGGAAUUGCAGCAUUAGACAUACACGCGAGCCAUCAUAGCGCUUGGCUGGAGCAUUCAAUCAGUGGUCAGGACCAUCACUCAGAAGUUUCUUUUUCGAGUUGA